AUGGUCAUUCAAAUUAUUCAAAUUACUCAAGUUCAAUCAUUCGAGCGUCUUUCAUUCACUCAUGUUACAGUACAUGUCAUUUCAAGAUUACAAAACAAAGCUACAAAGGCCCUAUUGAAACUUAGGGGCAUUAAUUAUAAAUGGCAUGAGUUUUUCAAUAAUACCAACAGAGUUGCAGUUGUUAUGUUAUGGUUACCUGUUGUGCUGAUAUACUUCAUGGAUUUGCAAAUAUGGUAUUCGAUUAUCUCUGCCUUUGUUGGUGGUACGAUUGGUUUGUUUUCACAUUUGGGUGAAAUUCAGAAUAUCUCACAACUAAGGCUUCGGUUCCAGUUCUUUGCCAGUGCAAUGCAGUUCAAUUUGAUGCCAGAAGAGAAGUUACUAAGUCAGCAGGCAACGUUGCUGAGGAAGCUUCGCGAUGCCAUCCAUCGGUUGAAAUUACGAUACGUACUUUAA